GUGUGAUUUGCGGGGUCUGCAUCACGGAGGCCGACAGGAAGUCAGGCCGCCUCCCAUUCGGUAUAAAACCUCUGAGUCCGACCCCACUCUUCCUCUUUCUGUUACCUGGGCAAGGGGCAGUAGCUUUGGCCGUGAAAACCCAAAAAACACCGAAACUACAACAAUGGGAAAGGAAAAGAUCCACAUCAACAUCGUGGUCAUUGGCCAUGUCGACUCCGGCAAGUCCACCUCUACCGGCCAUCUGAUCUACAAGUGCGGAGGAAUCGACAAAAGAACCAUCGAGAAGUUUGAGAAAGAGGCCGCUGAGAUGGGCAAAGGCUCCUUCAAGUACGCCUGGGUGCUGGACAAACUGAAGGCCGAGCGUGAGCGUGGUAUCACCAUCGACAUCGCCCUGUGGAAGUUUGAGACCAGCAAGUACUACGUGACCAUCAUUGAUGCUCCUGGACACAGGGAUUUCAUCAAGAACAUGAUCACUGGUACCUCUCAGGCUGACUGCGCUGUGCUGAUCGUUGCUGCCGGUGUUGGUGAGUUUGAGGCCGGUAUCUCCAAGAACGGUCAGACCCGUGAGCACGCCCUGCUGGCCUUCACCCUGGGUGUGAAGCAGCUCAUCGUUGGUGUCAACAAGAUGGACUCCACUGAGCCCCCUUACAGCCAGGCCCGUUAUGAGGAAAUCACCAAGGAAGUGAGCGCCUACAUCAAGAAAAUCGGUUACAACCCUGCAGCUGUUGCCUUUGUCCCCAUCUCUGGCUGGCAUGGAGACAACAUGCUGGAGGCCAGCACCAAUAUGGGCUGGUUCAAAGGAUGGAAAAUUGAGCGCAAGGAGGGUAACGCCUCUGGAACCACACUCCUUGAGGCCCUGGAUGCCAUUAUUCCCCCCAGCCGUCCCACCGACAAGCCUCUGCGUCUGCCCCUGCAGGACGUCUACAAAAUCGGCGGUAUCGGAACUGUCCCUGUCGGCCGUGUGGAGACUGGUGUCCUGAAGCCUGGCAUGGUCGUCACCUUCGCUCCCCCUAACCUGACCACUGAGGUGAAGUCUGUGGAGAUGCACCACGAGUCUCUGCCUGAGGCUGUCCCUGGUGACAACGUUGGUUUCAACGUCAAGAACGUAUCUGUCAAGGAGAUCCGUCGUGGAUAUGUUGCUGGUGACAGCAAGAGCAACCCACCCAAGAGUACAGAGAGCUUUGUUGCCCAGGUCAUCAUCCUGAACCACCCUGGCCAGAUCAGUGAGGGUUAUGCCCCUGUGCUGGAUUGCCACACCGCCCACAUUGCCUGCAAGUUCAGCGAACUCAAGGAGAAGAUCGACCGUCGUUCUGGCAAGAAGCUGGAAGAUAGUCCCAAGUUCGUCAAGUCUGGAGAUGCUGCCAUUGUUAACAUGCUUCCUCAAAAGCCUAUGGUUGUGGAGGCCUUCUCAGAUUUCCCUCCCCUUGGUCGUUUUGCUGUGCGUGACAUGAGGCAGACGGUCGCUGUCGGUGUCAUUAAGAGUGUUACAACCAAGGACAUCUCUGGAAAGACAACCAAGGCUGCAGAGAAGGCUGCCAAGAAGAAAUGAAUGGUCGUGCAGGACAUCCAACAAAGAGAUGUGUGCCGGCAGCAGCGGGCCAACCCACCCCCCCAUUGUCUCCCCCACUCUGGACCAUCUUCUCUGAGGCAGAGCUCUCUACUCAAGGACUGGCUUAUGCUGAUUAAAACCCAUCGCAAAAGUUUUCGCAGGAAAAAGAACUUUGUGGCAUUGUCACCUGAAUCACAAAGACGGUGCCUCCUCUCAGUUUAAUUAAGUCAGAAAAAAGGUUUAGAACGUAACUUGAUGUUAAAAUGCCACAUCUGAUUGGAAUGAAAGCUGCUGGUAACUAAUAAAAUAAAUGUCUCUGAAAAAACUGA